AGGGCGGCUGGGACGGCGGAGAGGGAAGCGAGCGGAUCGCUGCGCGCCCUCCCGCUCCCUGCCGCCUGCCAAGGCGAAGGCAGCGCGCAGGCGGCGGCGGGCGGCAUGGAGAGCCUGCUGGAGAAUCCGGUGCGUGCCGUGCUCUAUCUUAAGGAGCUCACGGCCAUCGUGCAGAACCAGCAGAGCCUCAUCCACACCCAGCGCCAGCGUAUUGAUGAGCUGGAGCGGCGGCUGGAUGAGCUAAGCGCCGAGAACCGCAGCCUGUGGGAACACCAGCAGCUGCUGCAAGCUCAGCCGCCGCCCGGGCUCGUUCCUCCGUCCCCAGCCCCGCUGCCCGCUAUCCCAGUCACCGCCGCCACCGCCACUGCUGUCGCCCAGGAACAGCUCCAGAACCACGGACAGCUCCCGCCCACCUCGCCACAGACUGUACCGGAGCAGCCGCCGAUUCAGCACCACGGACAGUUCCUGGUGCAUCCCUCACCGGGCCACAGCAGCAGGGCGCAAGCACCCCAGUCGCCCCACCAGCAGACAGGGGCGUCAGGGGCCAUCGCCAACAAGGAGAAGGAGCGUCCCCCGAGUUGUUGCGCUGCCGCUGGAACCCUCCUUCAGCACAAAUCCCCCGCUGCUCUCGGCAAGGGCGUCCUGAGCAGGAGACCCGAGAAUGAGACCGUGCUGCACCAGUUCUGCUGCCCAGCCGCCGAUGCCGAGCAGAAGCCCUCCUGCGCAGACCCUGCCUCCCAAAGUGACGGCUCCUGUGCCCAGGCCAGUGGGGGCAUGGAGGACUCCAUGGUGGCAGCCGGCAGACCCAGUGCCCAUGCCCCGAAGGCUCAAGCCCAGGAGCUGCAGGAGGAGGAGGAGAGGCCAGGGGCGGGGGGUGCCUCCCCAAGGGCUGGCCCCCACCGCGGGGCCUCCCCUGGCCGGCAGCAGCCUGCCCUGGCGACAGCGCUCUGCUCCCACGCCCCUGCUGCCUCCGAUUACGAACUCUCCCUUGACCUAAAGAAUAAACAGAUUGAAAUGCUAGAACACAAAUACGGGGGCCACCUGGUAUCCCGGCGCGCCGCUUGCACCAUCCAAACCGCCUUCCGCCAGUACCAGCUCAGCAAGAACUUUGAGAAGAUCCGCAACUCGCUCCUGGAGAGCCGCCUGCCGCGUCGGAUCUCCCUGCGCAAGGUGCGCGCCCCCACCGCGGAGAGCUUGGCGGCCGAGAAGGCGCUCAUGGAGGGCUACGGCCUCCUGGGGCUGCCGCUGGUGCGCUCGCCCUCCCUGCCGCCCACCUUCGCGGGCACGCUCACCGAGCUGGAGGACUCCUUCACCGAGCAGGUGCAGUCCCUGGCCAAGUCCAUCGACGACGCCCUCAGCACCUGGAGCCUCAAAACCAUGUGCUCCCUGCAGGAGAGCGGCGCCUACCAGAUCCACCAAGCCCUGCACGCGGGCGCGGGGCAGCCCAGCCGGGAGGUGGACACCCGGGAGCAGGAGAGCGCCGGCCCAGGGCCCGAGGAAGAGGCCGCCGAGGCCGCGGGCCUGCCCCAGGGCCACAGCAGCACCCUGAUGAUGGCUUUCCGGGACGUCACGGUGCAGAUCGCCAACCAGAACAUCUCCGUCUCCUCCUCCACCUCGCUGUCAGUAGCCAACUGCCUGGGCGCACAGACUUCUCCGGCCCCAGCGGAGUCCCUGCGCGGCCAAGCCGAGCUGGGCGAGGCCCGGGGUCAGGAGGCUCCCGUGACCCCAGCCGCGGGCCAGGGAGACGCGCCCGCCGAGACCACGUGCGCAGAGGCGGGAGUUGGGGAGACGCUGCGCGCCAACUCGCCUGAGGCAGAGGAUGGGGCGGCGGAUGCGAUGGUGGAGGAGGCCCCAGCCGCGCAGGUAGAGGAGAGAGAGGAGGAGACCGGGAAGGUGGGGAAAGGGGCCGGGGCCGAGGCCGAGACGGAGGCCGGCGACAACUCGGAGCAACUGAGCAGCAGCAGCACGUCCGCCAAGUCGGGCUCGGAAGUCUCGGCUGCGUCGGCCUCCAAGGAGGCCCUGCAGGCCAUGAUCCUGAGCCUGCCGCGCUACCACUGCGAGAACCCUGCCAGCUGCAAGUCACCCACGCUCUCCACUGACACCCUGCGCAAACGCCUCUACCGCAUCGGCCUCAACCUCUUCAACAUAAACCCGGACAAGGGCAUCCAGUUCCUGAUCUCACGUGGCUUCAUCCCUGAUACCCCCAUCGGAGUGGCCCAUUUCCUGCUCCAGCGUAAAGGCCUCAGCCGGCAAAUGAUUGGAGAGUUCCUGGGCAACAACAAGAAGCAGUUCAACCACGAUGUGCUAGACUGCGUGGUGGAUGAGAUGGACUUCUCAGGCAUGGAGCUGGACGAGGCCCUGCGCAAGUUCCAGGCGCACAUCCGCGUGCAGGGGGAGGCCCAGAAGGUGGAGCGGCUGAUAGAGGCCUUCAGCCAGCGCUACUGCAUGUGCAACCCCGAGGUGGUGCAGCAAUUCCACAACCCUGACACCAUCUUCAUCCUGGCCUUCGCCAUCAUCCUCCUCAACACUGACAUGUACAGCCCCAACAUUAAGCCUGACCGGAAGAUGAUGCUGGAGGAUUUCAUCCGAAACCUUCGAGGUGUGGAUGAUGGCGCAGACAUCCCCAGGGAGCUGGUGGUGGGCAUCUAUGAAAGGAUACAGCAGAAAGAGCUCAAGUCUAAUGAGGACCAUGUCACGUAUGUUACCAAGGUGGAGAAGUCCAUCGUGGGCAUGAAGACAGUGCUGUCAGUGCCCCAUCGCCGCCUGGUCUGCUGCAGCCGGCUCUUUGAGGUGACAGACGUGAACAAGCUGCAGAAGCAGGCCGCACAUCAGAGGGAGGUGUUCCUCUUCAACGACCUGCUGGUGAUCCUCAAGCUUUGCCCAAAGAAGAAGAGCUCCUCCACAUACACCUUCUGCAAGUCGGUGGGCCUGCUGGGCAUGCAGUUCCACCUCUUUGAGAAUGAGUAUUACUCUCAUGGCAUCACCCUGGCGACCCCGCUCUCGGGCUCCGAGAAGAAGCAGGUGCUGCAUUUCUGUGCCCUGGGCUCAGACGAGAUGCAGAAGUUUGUGGAGGACCUGAAGGAGUCCAUCGCGGAGGUGACGGAACUGGAGCAGAUCCGGAGAGAGUGGGAGCUGGAGAAGCAGCAGGGAGCAAAGACACGCUCCUUCAAGUCUGGAGGAGCCCAGGUGGACCCGCAGUUGAAGCAGGGAUCGCCUACAGCCAAAAGGGAAGCUGCGCUGGGCGAGAGGCCUUCGGAGAGCACGGUGGAGGUGUCAAUUCACAACAGGCUUCAAACGUCCCAACACAACUCGGGGCUGGGGGCCCAGAGGAGAGCUGCGGUGCCACCACCAGACCCGCAGCCUAGCCCCCUGAGAGAGCAGCCCCCGCCGUUGCCGCCAUCACCACCCACGCCCCCAGGGACCCUGGUGCAGUGUCAGCAAAUUGUCAAGGUCAUUGUCCUGGACAAGCCCUGCUUGGCCCGCAUGGAGCCCCUGCUAAGCCAGGCUCUCUCCAGCUACGCCUCUUCCUCCUCUGACUCCUGCGGCUCCACACCCCUGGGCGGCCCGGGCUCCCCGGUCAAGGUCAUCCACCAGCCCCCGCUGCCCCCACCCCCGCCCCCCUACAACCACCCUCACCAGUACUGCCCGCCAGGCUCCUUGCUGCACCGGCGCCGCUACUCCAGCGGCUCCAGGAGCCUGGUGUAGACUGUUUCCCACACUGCUGCCCCAGGGGGCUGCCACCAGGGUCCCUGGGCUGUACCCAGGAGCCCCUGCCGCCCCUUCACUGCUCCCCACACCCUGGCACGCUGUGUUCCUGGUCACCAUCACCAUUGUUUUGGAAAAGAACCUCCAUCCCUGGCACCUGGGUUUGCCUCACCCGACAUGCUUCCCAUACUCAGCUGAACACCCCCCGCCCCCUUCAAUCUGGAGACUCCACCACACUCCCCUGGGCCCUGCACAGCUGCAUGGCCAGGCCUCCUCCUCCUGCCACCACUCACCACGUGGACCAUGGACUUCUGAGGACAAGAACUGAGGGCUUACCCAGCUUCUGCGUCCUGAGUCUGAGUCUGCUGGGCCCUGGGCCGCAGGCUGGGAGGUGGUACAAGGGGAGCCAGCACCCAGCACCGGACAGAAAGUGGCCUGGCUCCCUGCUCAGCUCUAGGUGCUGCACUGGGUGGAGGAGAGUUGGCCCUGGAUCCCUGAAGGGACCAGGGAAGUGGGAAUGUGAGGAGGGGUCUUUUUCUGCUGCACCUGCCCCGCCCCCCACAACUGGCAUAUGCAGGAGGUCGGUCUGUCCCCAAGGAUGUUGGUUGUCCUGACCACGUCCUCCCCCUCCUCCCAGGGCCUGCCCUUCCUCUGGAGCUGGGCACUGCCUGCCCAGGGCUGCGCAGACUCCAGGAAAGCUUUGAGAGAGGGAGGGAGGAGGGGGACUCGUCUCAGCUCUCUCUAGGUCAAUUCAACCAGCUGUGGAACCGUGAGGUCAUUCAUCUAAAAUGAAUCUUUUUAGGGUUUUAGUUCCCCAGCCCCAAAUAACACCCGGCCAACGCGAAUGUGCACCGGGGCCUGGAAUAAGGGGGGUCUGGGAAUAGAGUGGUUAGUUCUCUCCCCUGCAGCAGUGGAGACAGGGAGGAGGGGCAGUGGUUUGCCCAGGGGCAAAUGCAGCCAGAGGAGGUGGUUGGAGAGGCCUGGCUCCCUCUUGCAUGGUUUCCAUGGCCUCUGCGAGGGAUUGGAUGCAGAAGUGGGUGGGAGAAGCAGGUGCUCCACAGGCACGUGCCUUCCCCCUGCUGCCAUCCCAAACGUGCCCCUCAGCCUUUAAACCUCCCCCCUCUUCACCUCCCCCAAGAAGUGGCCCGCCUCCUGCAGGGGGCACUAAGAGUCCCUGCCCCCUCAAAAUUGCAAAGAGCGCAAAGUGGGUCUCACCGACCCCCUCGGGGCCAAAUAGCAUUGGGGAGUCAACCUUUAGGUGACCCCACAGAGCCUGGGCAGCCCCCUCAAAGACCUCAGAAGAUACCCGGGCCCCAGUCACGCCCUUUCAGGAAGUGUCUGUCCAAGCCGGGCCAGGUUCCAGUCCUGGGCCGUCAUUCCAUUGCUGUCCCUCAUCGAGCUCCCCUCCUACUUGGAGCCCAUUAUCAAAGUGUCCCCAGAGGUGGAAGUGAACGUGGGCCAGGUCUAAAGUGAAUGUGCUUCUCCCUGACCGUUCCUCACACCCCAAAUGCAGUGCCCUGGGCCAGCUAGGAGACCCUGAUCCUUGUCCCGCGCUCUCGGAGCUUCCAGAUGACCUGGUUUCAUUUGUAUGUGUGGUCACCAAACGUCAUUAUGGCGUCACCCAGCGAGUUUAUUUCUAGCCCUGUCUUUGUCAUCCUGGGAUCUGUAACUUGUGACCAAUUUGCUGUCUCCUCCGUGUGGCUCCCCAGCCGAGCUGCUUUUGUCCUUAUUGUCUUGGUCCCUCUCUUGUGUCUCUACUGUAACAAGGACAUGCCAAUAAGAGGCUUUCAGAACAGAGUGGCUGACAGAUGGGGCCACACACUACGACAUUUCUGAUGCACGUGGCCAGGGCAGGGAUCGCCCGUAAAGAGUGCGAGCGGGAAGAGGAGCAGAGUUGGGGUGGGAGUGAAUGGAUCUUGAAUAAGGGGGCCUGGAAAUAGAGUGGAAGUUAAUGGGUGGGCAGCAGGGAGUAUGAGUUGUGAAGGAAGGGGUUGGGGGUUGAGGUGGCCAAACCUAAUUAUGGGAUGGGGACCAUGAAUGCCAGGGGCUGGUGAGGAAGCAGCAGCCCCUACCGUCAGGCCCUUGUCACCACCCACAUAGUGCUUCUCAUUGAAAAGUGCUCUCCUCCCUGUCGGUGGGCAUGGCAGCCCUGGCCCCUUCCUCCCACCUCUGCUGCAGCCCUGACUCUGCAGACAGACUCUCAGAGGUCUUGGGGAUGGAGCACACAGAGCCUUCCCUGAGGACCCGGAUGCUCGGGGACUGGGACUUGCUCCCGGGCACUGCGGUGGCUUCCCUGGGACCCUGGCAGCACUGGGAGUCCCGGCCCCGGAAGCAGACCAGCCUGGGCUCUGCAGCACGAGAGCCAAGCUUGAGCUGUGAGGCUUUUCACCCCAGUGGCCUGAGCAAGGGGCAGUUGGCCCUCCUCCUGUUAGGGAAGCAACAGUUCCCACUGUCUGCAUCCUCCUGCCCCUGUCCUGCCAGCAGGCUAAGGCUGGGACCCCCUCAUCCCCGCCCCCAGAGCCUAGCCCCAGAAACCUUGGACAAGCCUCCUGCCCUUGCAGAGGCCCCGCUGGAGAUGCUAUGGGGCCCCUACUCUCCCAAGGCUGAAGGCACUGGAGUGCUGAUCGCCCCGGACACAGCCCCAACAUGGCCCCACUCUAUCAACUCUCUAGGCCUUACUUUGGGGGACCCGAGCCCCUUUCUCAAUUUUAUCCAUUUGGCUCCAGCUCCAGAAUCAGGAGUGGAGAUGAAAUGAGCUUUCCCACCCACUCUUGGGCAAGUCCCACCUCCAAACCUGGAGCGAGACCUGCCCGGGCAGCUUGACCUGGAAGCUUGCCUGCUUGUGUCCAAAGGCACACAUGUCUAUCAGCCCCGGGCCCUUGACCCCACCCCACCCCACCUGUUCCCCUGUAGCCUGCCAGAACGUCUCUUGUACCCGAUAGCUGCUCUGAUAACCAUCUGUCUGUCUGCCCUGUGUUCUGCUGUGCGUACCUUCCUGCUGCACCUCCUCCCCGCAGGCACCCCUCACCCUGUUGGAGAGAAACCUCUCUAGGGAAGGCAGGGUGGCUGCACCCAGCGACUACUCCAAAUGGCAAAUAUUUUGUAACAAAAUAGCCCAGAGGUAUUUUAUCUGUUCAAUUCAUAGAGUUUUAGAGAUUAUAUUGAAAUAUGUCACUUGA